AUUAUAAAUAAAUUAAACAAAAUUUAAAAAUAUUAAGCAAAAAUUAAUAACAAAAAAGCUUAGAAAAUCGUAAAGUUUUAUAGAAAAAAUCUGCGAAAAAAAAUUUCAAAAGAAAUAUCGAAAAAUAAAGUGUUUAAUGAUCAUAACCAAAGUGCUGCAUCUUGAAAAUCGUUGAAAUAAAAAUCUAUACAAUAAAAGAAAAGUGAAUAUAAAUUUUUACCAAGUGUUAUUAUUACAUAAAUAUUUUACUAAAUGUUUUAAAACUACAAUGGAUUACAAAAUGGCCUCGUCUAAGAUAUUUGAAAACGGAUUAUACCCCUAAAAGAAAAUGCUGCAUUUUCAAAGACUUAUUAGCUCCCCAUGUAGUUAUGUCCUUAACAUUUACCUAAACCUUAACCAUUUAGAAUCCUUUAUACAAACUUUAUUUCAUAUUAUUAAAUAUACAUCUGAUCAACGCCAGAUUAAAUCACUAAAAACAUUGCAACAUUACGUAUUUGGACUUAAGCCGGGUAAGGGAAAUAUUGAAAAUAAUAGAAAACGACGAUUUCAUACUAAAACGUUCAACCCUAAUCUUCAUGCAACACCUACGGAUACCUCAACAUUAGGUAAGUUUUUCUUUAUUUUACAUGCAAAACUUAAAGUUGUUCUGCAACUUUACCGUUUGAUGCCUUAAACAUAUAAAUAAAACUCCUCUCUGUUAUAAUACAUAACAAUUAAUCCUAAUGAUCAUAAAGUUUUACAAAAAAAAUAAUAUUUCCGCAAUUAAUCGUUUCAAAAACUCAAUAUGAAAACUAUAGUUUAAAAAGGCUUAACAUUUGUUAUUAUGUACAUAUGUAUGUAUAUAAUUGUAAUCCUUAACGUUUUUAAACGGGGUUCAAGACCUCUAAACUAGAUGGUUUUUGGGUAAGCUUUAUGUGUACAAAAUUUGUACACAUAACAUACUGAUCUUUUUUAACAUCGUGCUGACAUGCCUAUACUUUAGAGUUUUCAUUACAAACGUCAAGUUGCAACAUAUUAAGUACUAUAUAGUUUUGGUAAAGUGUUUGCUACGAUUUUCAUAAGGAAAGAGUUGCCACGUAAGGAUUUAAACAGAAAUCCACUUAAGAUUGGAAUUCCGGGUAGUAGUAGAUUUCAACCCCUCGCCACAUACACAUAUUCUAAAGCUCUCAAAUUACUGUAGACUAGA